GGGAAGAUGAAAUCUUCUCUUUCUUGCAAUGGUUAAAAAUAAUAAGAUUUUUGUGAAUGGAGCAGGGUCACAUUCAGAAUUCCUUUCAGGAUCUAGAUGGAGCUUACUCUCACCUCAUCCAUUUACAAGAAGUAAACAAAGAGUUAAAGAAGCAAACAGAACAUCUAGACAGAUCAAAUACCAUGGCAUCAUUUCAACAACCAAGCAUGAGAAUGUCUAUGAGGCAAUUAAUCAACCAGGAACCAUCUGGAGUGGGAGACAGCAGUUGCCACUCCUUUCCAAUUCCUUUUGCUAGUUCUGCUGCAGUGACAGAUUCAGAUGCCGCUCUUGCCUCAUCACCAGAACAGACUCCCAUCUCCAUCUGCCGUCUUAUAGCUCUAAACAAGCUUGAGAUUCCUAUUCUCCUGCUUGGCACUAUAGCUGCAGUUUCCCAAGGUAAACUAAUCCAGAGGAUCAGAUCAAUGUGCUUUGAGAAAGUGGUGCACAUGGAGGGUUGUUGGUUUGAUGAACCUGAGCACUCCAAUGGUUUCAUUAAUGCAAGACUCUCUGCAGAUGCAGCCACCGUUCAUUCUCUUGUUGGAGAUGCUCUUGCUGAGAUGAUUUCAAACGCUGCAUCAAAAGUAGUAGCUUUGGUCAUUUCUUUUCAUAUGAGUUGGCAGUUGGCAUUGAUUCUUCUCGCAUUAGUUCCUUUGCUUGGGAUUAAUGUUUAUGUUCAAGUAAAGUUCAUGAAGGGAUUCAGUGCAGAUGCAAAAGUUUUUUUUCCUUUGGCUGUGGCAGCUAUUGGAGUUUCUCAAUCAAACUCCUUGGGUUCUGAUUCCACCAAAACCAGGCGUGCUACUUCUUCCAUGUUUGCAAUUAUUGAUAGGAAGUCUAAGAUAGAUCCAAGUGAUAAGUCAGGGAUGACAUUAGAAAAUGUGCAGGGAGAAAUUGAGUUUCAGCAUGUCAGCUUUAAGUAUCCAUUGAGGCCAGACGUUCAAAUCUUCCAAGACCUGAGCUUCCCCAUUCCUGCUGGCAAGGGAAUCAUCAAAAUGAGUUUGAGAACCCAAUUUGUCCCAAUUGCUUUGGUUAGAGAAAGUGGAAGUGGGAAAUCCACAGUUGUCUCAUUAUUGCAGAGAUUGUAUGACCCAGAUUCAGGUCUUAUCACUUUAGAUGGUGUUGAAAUACGAAAGUUCCAAGUGAAGUGGUUGACGCAGCAGAUGGGUCUUGUGAGGCAAGAACUAGUUCUCUUCAAUGACACCAUCCGAGCCAACAUUGCUUAUGGAAAACAAGGAAAUGCUUCUGGGGCUGAAAUCUUAGAUGCAUCGAAGUUGGCAAAUGCACACAAGUUUAUCAGUGGGUUGCAUCAGGGCUAUGACACUGUGGUAGGAGACCGUGGAGUUCAGCUAUCAGGUGGACAGAAACAACGGGUAGCCAUUGCUCGUGUCAUAGUUAGAAGUUAAGUUAUUACUACUAGAUGAGGCUACUAGUGCCCUGGAUGCUGAAUCUGAGCACGUGGUUCAGGACGCACUUGACAGUCAUGGUUAGCCGAACAACAAUAGUAAUUGCUCACCGGCUAUCUACCAUAAAGAAUGCAGAUGUUAUUGGAGUAGCAAGAAAUGGAGUCAUUGUAGAGAAAGGAAACCAUGAAGCUCUGAUGAAAAUCAGAGAUGGUUUUUAUGCUUCCUUGGUGGCAGUAAACACUAAUGCUUCAU